AUGACCAGACCAAACCAAGAUCCAGCAGGCAGCCCAACUCUCACUGCUCCUUCCCUGGAAAACAAGCUGUGUGGUAAUUUCAGAGACUCUGAGCCUUCAGCUACACCCCUGGCGCUUCCUCGGUUCCCAGUCCUGACUCCUGAGGUCCUCACAGCUACAGCCCCUGUGGUCGCUCCCAUGUCUACUGCAGUCCCCAUAGUUUUUCCAUCUCCUGCAGCCUCUGCAUUAUCAACACAGUGUGAGGACCCAACCUGUCCUGAGCCCACAGACCCAGACUUGCCUACUCCAAAUACUGUCCCAGAAGAUCCAACACCCGAGGUGGAUCCCAUGCUGCACGCAGCCCCCGUGAUGGAUCCCACGCUUCACGCAGCCCCCGAGGUGGAUCCCACACCGCUGCUGGCCUGCCUGCUGAGUUCCUCACUGCUGACCCUCCUGCUGAGUUCCUCGCUCCUGGCUCAUCUGACUUGUUCCUGCCUGAUGUUCGGCUUGUUGGACGACCUCCCGACCGCCUGCCUGACUGGCCCCGGCCUGGGUGCUGUUCAGGUGAAACUGGAGCUGGGCCACCGGGCCCAGGUCAGGAAGAAGCCCACGGUGGAAGGCUUCACCCACGACUGGAUGGUGUUCGUGCGGGGCCCGGAGCACAGCAACAUCCAGCACUUUGUGGAGAAAGUUGUUUUUCACCUGCACGAGAGCUUCCCCAAACCCAAACGAGUCUGCAAGGAUCCACCAUAUAAAGUGGAGGAGUCUGGAUAUGCGGGCUUCAUCCUGCCCAUUGAAGUUUACUUCAGAAACAAGACACGAGAUCCUCACAAACGUGGUUCAGAAGAAUCUAAAGUGAUGGUGAUGCAGGAGGGAUCGACCUCUCUGUUCAGCCAACACCUCAAGCUGCCGUCGCUUCCCAACAACUCACUGACCGCCUCCUCCUCCGACCCAAAGAAAAGCAAGAGCUUCUACAGUUCAAAGGAUGGCUCCAGAGGAGGUGGAACUGCACUCCUUACAACAGCCACAACCACCAGCACUAACAGUAACAGCUUCUCCAAGCUCCACAAACCCUCCAAAGACAACAAAGACAAACCUCCAAAAGACCUAAAAGAGCCCAAAAGUGCCUUCAGAGACUCUGACUGGGAACCCAGCAAAGUCCCCAAAGAAUCUUCAAGGAAACCCAAAGAGAACCAACCACUUAGAGACAACAAUCCUAAAACAGGCUUCAAGGAACCCAGGUCAUUCUCCAAGGAGCAUCGGAACGAGGGACUGACCCAAGGCUCAGGGCUCAACAAGCGCCUGUCCUCUCUUGACACUGACAAUCUUAUGGCUAAAAAAUGCAAGAAAGUAUUUUUGGAUUCGAGAACGCUGACGUCAGGCUCAGACACUCAGCAUUUGGAUAAAAAGCUCCUAAAGGAUCGAUUACAAAUAGGGACAAGUAGAUUACGACUAGACGGUACUGAGGCAGAGCGCAGGAAGGGGUCUAGGCUUCCUCCUGUCCAGGAGCCGGUUGACCCCAAUGACACUGAUAUGGAGGACCAGUCCAAAUCAGAUUCUGAACAGCCCAGUCCUGCCAGUUCCAGCUCCAGUUCAGGCUUUGCUCCCACACAUCACAAACGCCAAGUGCUGGGCCCGCUGCAGUCAGUCAUGCAGGAGCUACAGUCAGAUGAGGAUGACGAGGACUCCGAGGACAAUGAUGACGACAUGGACACUGAUGCAGACCGACCAGCACACCGAGACCUCAGCCGAAGUAAGGAGGUUAGUUUGAGUGAUGGCAGUGAGAGUGACAGCUCCUCCCCCUCGCCCCCCACCCGCAAAGAGGCUUCAAGCAUUUUAAAACCUGCUAACAAUCAAAUAUUUGAAGUCAAGAGUCCCAUCAAACAGAAUAAACAGGACAAGAAUGAAAACAUGGAUUGUGACAAGGCUUACCUGGAUGAAUUGGUGGAGCUGCAUAAAAGGCUGAUGACGCUUAGAGAAGGUCACAUUUUACAACAGAUCGUUAACCUCAUCGAGGAGACGGGACAUUUCCACAUCACAAACACCACCUUUGACUUUGACCUUUGCUCUUUGGACAGAAGUACGGUUCGGAAGCUCCAGAGUUACCUGGACACGUCCGGACUGUCCUGA